UAGGAGAUGAGCAUUUCAGACAGGAAACAGCUUAAAGAAUGCAACAUCAGGAAGGAGGCAGAAAUGUGAUGAAGGAGUGGUGUAAGUGGUCUGAAAUACAGUUGGAAAGAACUGAAGCCAGGGUGGAGCCAGAUCAUGCUCACAAAUUUAUAGGCUCUUGAGUUUAAUGCUAAAUAUAUACACAUACCUUAUGAUACAUGACACACAUUCUAAAAGCAUUAGGAAGGUACUGAAAAUGUAAAAAAUUAAAAAAUCAUUUACUAAACAGUUGAAUACAAGGCACCAUGCUAACCAAGGGUUCCUGCAAACAAGCACCUCAUUCUUUCUGCCUCCUACGCUUGUUCCUCUGCCUGUAGUUUGUUUCCUAGUUAAUGGCACCAUCAUUCACCCAGCUUCCCAAACCUCUGAGUCACCUUUUCCCUCCCCACAUCCAGUGAGUCACCAAAUUCUGUGGACUCUACUAAUAGUUCCCAAGUGAACUCCCUCCUUUCCAUUGACACUGCCACUGCCACUACCAUGGCUUCUGCAUCUCCAGAAUUGCCCUUCCCAAAUCUAUCCUUCACUCUGCUCUCAGAAUGUUCAAUUCAGAACAUAAAUCUCUCCAUGUAACACUCUAUUAGAGCUACUGGAGCAGAUGAAGUCCCAGCACCUAGUUAUGGCUUCCAAAGCCCUCCACGAUCUAUGCCCUUCUUCCAUGAACUUCAUUUUUUUUCAACCCUUCAAAUUUAUGUAACACCAGACCAUUUGUAGUUACCCCUCAAACCCUGUCAUUUUAUGCCUCUGUGCCUUUGCUCAGGCUGACCAAUCUUUCAGGAUUUAGCUUGGAUAUUAGCUCCUCCAUGAAACUGUCCCUAAAUCCCCCAAUUGGACUAAGUACCCUUCAUCUGUGCUCCUAGAAUCUCCUGUCACCCCUGUAUCUUAUCACUACAUAACACUGAAAUAAUCUGUUUACAUGACCCCUUCUCCACUUGAUGGUAAAGUUCUUGGGUGUAGAAACUGUUCAUCUUUGUGGUCCAGUAUAGCAUGGUGCCCAGGAAAUAGUAAGUACUCAUUAUUGAGCUGACCAAAAGAAUGUACCUUGCAUUGCACUCACCAAGGACUGAAUGUGGCAGGAAACCUUCAUAUCCCAAGCUUAGGACAUGCAGCUGAGAAGAUCCCAUGCAGGCGUGAACAGGCAGGCCCAUCUCAUGAUGGACAAAGAGGGCUAAUUGCUCACGGACCUCACUUUGUCAAAGUACCACAAAUUCAGACUUACAAUCUCCAAAUGAAGUUAUACAUACAGUUUUAUAUUUUGUGCAUCUUUAAAGCAUUUUAAAGAUGCUUUUGAAGGUAAAUAUUUUAAAUAUACCAUUAUUUUUAUUUCCUUCUUUUGGUAUUUCUUUUCUCUUUAAUGUAUCAGUAGCCUCAAAAAAUGGAAGUGAGAUAAUACCAAAGUUUAAUCAAGGUACCGCAGAAUUAAAUUGAUAUCAUCAACAGUUAAGAGAUGAGAUCAGAUCUAUGCAAAAAUAUUUUCUGGCCCUUGGGCAGGAAGAACAGGAACAUGGCAAGUUGUGAUCAUGCAAUAAGUAUGCUCAAUGAAGAAAUCUUACUCAAUGGGACUAUAGGUAUGACCGGAGGAAGAAUUUGUCCAUCCAAAAGAUGGCACUCAACAUAGAAUAGGGGAAACAGAGCAUCUGAGACAAUAACAGGGGACCGACUCGGACAUGUGCAGAAAGAGACUCAGCCAGUCAAGUGCAUUGAACCACCACCAGAGCCUAAUAUCAUUAAAUAUUCAUGCUAUACAGCCCUCGGCUCAGUUUCUUUUCCUUCCUUCCUUCCUUCUUCCUUUCUUUUUCUUUUUCUUUUUUUUCUUUCUUUCAAUAGAGAUGGAGUAUCACUGUGUUGCCCAGGUUGGUCUCAAACUCCUAGGCUCAAGCAAUCCUCCUGCCUUGACCUCCCAAAGUGCUGGGAUUGCAGGCAUGAGCUACUACACCCAGCCUCAGCUCUGUUUCUAAGCAGUUUCCCUCUAAAAUGCUAUAUUCUUUUGACGCUUUUCUUCACAGAGGCUCAAAGUGCCUUAAAUAUGUUUAAGUCUCUGAAACUUGGGAUAUAGGAAAAUUGAAUAAUAAAUUAUCAAUUGAAUGAUCAAUGAUGUAAAGUCUGAUAUUUUUCCCGUGGUUAUACUAUUGCUAAAUUGACUUUUCUCUCCAAGAAAUCCUCUGAAAACUUCGCACCACCACCUGAAUGCCCACUCCUGAGUGGUCCGGUCAGGGCUCCACGGGAAUGCUGACCACACUUCCUCUCAGGGGCAGACCUGCUUGGCUGCUCCUCCCCAGUGCCCUUCUUCUCUUACUGCAGAGAUUACGUCAGCACAUUAUGAUUAUGAUGCAGCAGCAAUAGAACAACGCCCAGAGCAGCCUGGCCUGCGCUUCUUUUACUAAGUGGUUAGUUGCCUGCUGAGUAGACAUAAACACCUGCUAAAGAAAUGUGAAAAGAGUGGAAACGUGCUAUUUGGAGAUUAUUUUCCUAGUCGACAUCCAGGAGAUCUCCAGAGAUCUGUUUCAGCCCCACCUGUUGAAGAUUUCAUCAUGAAAAGGAGGAAGCUCAAACUGAAGUGAGUUAAAAACUUCAUCUCCUAGAGAGGAUUGUGGCUCAGCCUGAGUUGAGUUUUUUUAUGUUUAUGUGCAAGCGCAAUGAAGAAGAACACCAGCAAGUCUACCAUGAGGAUCAAUAAGCAAGAUGCUCUCUGCACCCCACACUCCCAUGAUCCGAGAGAUCUUCAAAAUAUGUUGGAUGGAGGAGAGUAUGCCCCUUUUGUAUCUCCUCCCAUGUUAGAGAGCAAUUUUAUCCAGGUCAACAGAAGAGGUGAAUCCAUUUACCUUCAUAACCGAGCCAACUGGGUGACCGUAGGCAUCUGUUCUUCCAGCUCCACCCACAAGAUCCCCAAUGUGAUGCUACUGGCACAUCUGACACCUGGUGCCCAAAAAGAUACAGAACCCCUGUUUAAAAGUCUCCUGACAUCUCCUCCUGCAGAGAAACUGGUGCUCACCAGGUUUCUCCCCCUGCAGUUUGUGACUCUUUCUGUGCAUGACGCGGAGAACAUGCGCCUGAAAGUAAAGCUGGUGAGUGGUCGAGCCUACUACUUACAGCUCUGCACCUCUGCAUAUAAACAGGACACCUUGUUUUCUCAAUGGGUGGCCCUCAUCUCCCUCUUGAAUCAGGAGAAAGCCAAAGUUUCCAAAGUGUCGGAGGUUUCAAGUCUCUCAGGAAUUACAAAUAGCACAGACAUCACAGGCUCCACAGAUGUGAUGGAUAUCACCGCGUUCACAGCCAUCCUGACCCCGUACAUGUAUGCAGGUACAGGCCCUGAACAUGUCAGGGACAGCAUAGAUUUCUCAGAAUUCACAGACAUCACCGACAUCACAGAUGUCACAGAUCUUCCAGAAAAUGAGGUCCCAGAGGUCCCGGAUGUAAGAAUUGUCACAGAAGUCAUAGAAGUCAGAGAAGCCACGGAAGUCACAGACAGCUCUGAUAUUACAGACUGCUCGGGAGUCACAGUGGUGUUUGAAAACAAUGACUUAAUCAGGGCCAAGCAAGAGGAGAAGGAAAAACUGAAAAACAUUCUGAAGCCUGGGUGUCUACAAGGUACAAAAAGUAAGAGUGAGUUGAAAGAAUCCUCAAAACAUGUCACCGUCUCAAACAUAACACUGACUUUUGAAGGUAAAAGAUAUUUUCAAACUACCUUGACUCCAGUAGAAAGUGAGGCAAAUACAUCCAAGGAGAUGGAGGAUAAGACCUCUGAAGAAAAGAUGCCUGAUUUUCAGAGCACAGCUCUCAAGGCUGAAGAAUCCAGUAGUGCUACCAUGGCUCUUUCCUUUGUUUCAAAGAGGAUAGUGGCAGGCUUUAUUUUAAUUUGCAUCUAUUUUUCAAGGAGCUUGAGAACGGAAUCAAACACUUCAGGGAAUGAAUGUGAGGAAAGAAAAGUAAAACAGAAAAAGACAAAGUUGAUGGAAAAACAUGUAAGACAACCUAAAGACAUUUGAAUUAAAUGGACUGACUUCUCCACCUUUUUUAAAAAUCAGAUACAAACUACUAAACUAAAAAGCAAACACAGCUCAGGAAAAGACAAUCAGUGCAAGAGGAAAACCAAGCAGUGUCUUCUAUGUGGCAGAAAUAAAGCCUAUGACUAAUCAUUAAGAAUUC